CAAGAGGAGCGAUACCGGAGAGCAGGAACUGGUUCGUUCGCCUCGCCGGUGCUGCUGCAACACCUACAACCGACGGAGGAGAAACCGGCUGACCGAUUCUGGGGGAAUAACUCACCACUGAGCCGCUUUUUGCAAGAAUCCUCCAGGCUUUAAAGUACUUGGGAGAGCAGAGCCUCUUCGCCAAUGGCAAGUCCGGUUGCAGACAUCGGACCGUCUCAUCAGCAUCACCCGGGGACCGAGUCCGCCGCAGACGCCGCGUUUCAGGAGGCACAGAAAUGGAUUGAGGCUGUGACAGGACGCUGCUUUGGUGACAAAGAUUUCAGAGGCGGUUUGGAGAAUGGGAUCCUUCUAUGCGAGUUGCUGAGCUCUAUUAAACCCGGCCUGGUGAAGAAAAUUAACAGACUUCCAACACCGAUAGCUGGCCUGGACAACCUCAGUGUGUUUCUGCGUGGCUGUGAGGAGUUGGGACUGAAAGGCUCCCAGCUGUUCGACCCUGGAGACCUGCAGGACACGUCGACACGCCCCACCGUCAAGGGAAGUGACUGCAGCCGAAAGCUGAAGAAUGUUUUAAUCACCAUCUACUGGUUGGGUCGAGCUGCCAACGGCUGUACCUCCUACAACGGGCCCACGCUGGACCUGAAAGAGUUCGAGGGCCUGCUGUCACAGAUGCGAAAGGAGGCAGAGGAAGCAGAGAGCCCUAAACGUAGCAUCCGGGACAGUGGCUACAUCGACUGCUGGGACUCCGAGCGCAGCGACUCUCUCUCCCCGCCACGGCACGGCCGCGAGGACUCGUUCGACAGUCUGGACUCCUUCGGUUCACGCUCACGACAAACCCCGUCACCGGACGUCCUGGUCACCCGUGGCAGCAGCGAUGGCCGCGGCAGUGACUCAGAGUCCGACGGUCCCCUCCACAGGAAGAUGCCAGACGUGCGUAAGGACGACAUGUUGGCACGACGGACGUCCAUCAAUGAGCCGCGCACCGCCAUGCCCUUCAACCAGUACCUGCCUAACAAGAGCAACCAGAGCGGGUAUGUGCCCACGCCUCUCCGCAAGAAGAGGAACGACAAAGAGGAGGGGGGCCGCAAGAGCUGGAGCACUGCUACUUCACCUGUAGGGGGCGAGAGGCCAUUCAGUCUAAAUGUUAUCCCUAGCUUAGACGUCCCACCUGGAGAAUCCCCAAUCCUGUCCCCUACCUCGCCCCGCAAACCCCAGAUACAGAUUCAGAAGGAGAACCAGUCUAAAAUGGACGAUGAGGGAGGGAGUCUGCCAGCCUCCCCACCUUACAUUGAGAUCCACGCAGCAGGCGUAAGGAGGAGCAGUGAGCCUCUGCCCUAUAGCCUCCCCCAGCCCCAUGCAGACCCCCCAAAGGAGACUCACCUGACGGUCACCUCUGAGCAAAGUACUCCAGCUCGCUCGUGCUCAGAGGAACUCUUCAACCGAUCGACGACUCUAGCCGGAAACGCAACAAGUCCCGUCGCCGCGACUGGGAAACAACCACCUGUAAAGGAAGACAUCGCUGCCAUGUCAAGUGCAGCUGUUGAGCCGCAAACGCUAACCUCUCCCAAAAACAUCACCACCUCCGGCCUCUCCGACUUCCUUCCUGUGCCUGCUGCCAUGGCAACUGCUUCAGCAACAGCAACAACAGACGCAGGCCGACGGAAGGGGAGGGCACUGAGUGAAAGUGACGACCAACAGGGAUCUUGGGCGGACGGCGAUCUUCCAGCAACAAUCAGCAGCACACAUAGUGCGUCAGAUGACCCACAGAGUGUGAGCAUGAUCGACAUGCGCGGUGAGGAAGAGGCCCUCAUGCAGCCCCACAGUCAGGUGCGUCAUGAACUGAUGCACAACCAGUACAACCAGAUGAAAGAAGAGGAGGAUCACUGGCAGGAUGACCUGGCCCGAUGGAAAAGUCGGAGGAGGAGUGUUUCCCAGGACCUCAUCAAGAAGGAGGAGGAGAGGAAGAUGAUGGAGCGGCUGGUAACAGGAGACACCUGUAUCACGGAGAGGAGGAGAAGCAUCAAGACCUACAGAGAGAUAGUGCAAGACAAGGAGCGUCGAGAGGAGGAUCUGCGUAACGCCUACAGAAGAGCCAGAACCCCGGAGGAGGCGUCCUCCAUCCUCCAGCGUUACGCUCAGCGUUUCUCCAUCAGCGACGCCGUGCUGGAGCGCCUCCAGCUGCCCAAGCUGCUGGACCGCAGCAUAUCCGCUGACCCCUCCUAUCCCGGCUCGCCCUUCCCUCUCUCCCUGUCCCCCUCCCCGAUGACUCCGGACCCCUUCGACGCGGACCCCAACGGACCCAUGAAAUAUCUGCGGCAGCAGUCCGCCCCGGCUCCAAAGUUCACCUCUACGCUGGAGGCGCGCAUCGAGGAGUUUCCCAAAGACUCGUCGCACCAGCGGCCUCAGAUCCGUUCUCGCUCGUCCGAGCCGCCCUCCACCCGAGGCCUGUCGCCAAAACCAGUGCCUUUGCUGACGCCCAAGCCUUACUUCCAGUCCCGACCCACAGCGGCAGAGCCAUGGCCAAGCAAGGCGGAUGGAUUGCUUCGAGUCAACGGCGACGCAGGAAGCGCUCCAACCUCGCCGGAGAGUCAAGGAAGAGAAUCUCCUCCUCAUUUCCAGGCGUCGACUUCCAACACAGAUAUCAUCACUGUGGACGCUCCAUCGCCAGCUGCCCCAUCAUCGCACAGUCAGCCCGCUUCAAACGCAGGAGGAAGCCCGCUUUCGACAAAGGCAAAGGAGGAACCGAGUGGAGCAGAGACGGCUCCUAAAGACGUCCGGGAAGACAAAGUCACCGAGCAUUCAUCAUCACCCAGCCGGCCAACCUCGCUCCCAUCGGAGCUGCAUAAACCAGAAGAAAGCUUUGGGAAGACUGGAAACCUUCCUGUAGCUGCUCUGGAGAAGUCCAACACUGCAGCUCAGCAAACAACACCUACAGAAGCCAAACAAGAACAAUUAAAAACUGAAGCAUCAGGUCAAAACAUCCCGAACAAACAGCAAAGUCAGCCGGUCACUUCACAGGCAAGUGUUCCCAGUUCACAGGAGUCUUCACAGAGAAGAGAGGACCUACCAAGCCUGGCGUCACCGGGAUCGUUCGGAUACCACCACCCACCAAAGGAAACGUCAGCAGAGUUUGAAAACAGUGUCAGGUCUCCGCUGGCAACCAGCAACCCUAAGUUACGCUGGGAGUUCUUCGCUCCGCCAGAAGGGACGGAGAAGGAUAGUCGUGGAAACGUGUCAGAACCGGUGUUGCCCCAGGCCAGGCGGCCUGACCGCUGGUCUUGGGACCCGGAUGAGGAGCGAAAGCGUCAGCAAAGGUGGCAGCAAGAGCAGGAGCGCAUGCUGCAGGAGAAGUACCGGCGCGAGCAGGAGAAGCUGAAGGAGGAGUGGGAGAGAGCACAGAGAGAGGUGGCGGAGGAGGAGAGGAAGUAUCACGAGGAGGAGCGUAGGAUACUGGAGGAAACCGUGACCCCUCUGACUCCCCGCUCCUCAGCCCUGCCCUCCCCCAGCCGAGGCGAGGUCUCCUUCACCCCGGCCCCCCAGGACACCAUCGUCCGCUCGCUGGCCGACUGGGAACGCAAGCAGGAGCUGCUGGAGAGGCAGUCGAAGGGGAGCACAGAGAGUGUGGAGUGGAAAAGGAGAGAAAACGACAGGACCAGUGACAUCAGCACUGCAGAUGACAGCAUGAAAACAGCCAGAAGCUCGGUGAGUCAGAGCGUCAGUCAAGCAGAAACGUUGUCUCACAGUUUGCAGAACGGACAAAAACUUCCCCAGGCGGCGACCAAAACCUCGACUCCGGUGAAGAAGCAACAGCAGGCCACAGCGGACAGCAGCAAGCCCGGCCGGCCAGCAGGAGACAGGAGGAUCGGUUCCAUUGAUAAUAACUCGGGACGCAGCGCAUCAAAAGCCCCCGCACCAUGUCCACCACCUCCAGACACACUGCCUCCAGCACCCAACAGGUCUGUGAGUGGGAAGAAGCUUUGCUCCAGCUGCGGGCAGCCGUUAGGAAAAGGAGCGGCCAUGAUCAUAGAGACACUCAGCCUCUUCUUCCACAUUCAAUGCUUUAAGUGUGGGGUGUGUAAAGGACAGUUAGGUGACACGACCACGGGGACAGACGUCCGGAUCAGAAACGGCCUCCUCAACUGCCACCAGUGCUACAUCCGCUCCCGCUCGGCCGGACAGCCAACCACGUUGUGACGCUCGACAGAAAAGCACAAGGUUCACAGAAGAAACCCCCCCCCCCCCCCCCCCC